GCGAGGGAUUUAAAAAUGAGGUAGAGUUCUGAGCGCGCACAACUCGUGUCUGUCUCUUUAUAUACUCAAGCUAUCAUAAUGCAUUGGGCUAUUAGCUCUCUGGCUGUGGGAUUUUUCACCCUGUUUGUCCUUCAGAGGAAGUUAUAUCCUUACUUUUGGGCUGACUUGAUGUACUACGCGAGACUCCGUCGCGUCGGGAGGUCGAUGAUGGCGAGGAUGAAGCGCGGUGUCGUCACGUAUCUCCAGAACUUUGAGCUUCAGGCAAAAAGGAGUCCAGAUAAAGCCUUUAUCGUGUGUGAGGAUCGGAUUUUUACAUACAGAGAUGUGGACGAGAGGAGUAACAGAUUCGCACAUGUGUUUCAGGCUCAUUGCGAAUUGAAAUGUGGAGAUGUUGUGGCUCUUCUCAUGAAGAAUGAGGCGGAUUUCAUCAGUGUUUGGUUCGGACUCUGUAAAUUGGGCUGUGAGGUCGCGUUUCUUAACUUUAACCUCAAACCUCAGUCCAUCCAUCACUGUCUGCGCAGCUGUGCAGCCAAAGCAGUCGUCAUCAGUUCAGAGCUGAUGGGAUCUGUAGAUAAAUUGCUGCUGAUGCUGACAGAUCAUAGCGUUGAUGUUUGGGUGGUAGCGGACGUCUCCUCACAUCAGGAUGUCAGAACACUGUUGGAUAAGGUGAAAGUCGCCUCUCCAGAGAAGCCCCUGGUUAACAUCCCUCAGACAAACCUCUUAUCCAACUUCUUAUUUGUCUUUACAUCAGGCACUACAGGACUGCCGAAAGCAGCUCGUAUCAGUCACAUUAAGGCUGUCAUGUGUAUGGCGUUUCUACGCAUGUGUGGAGCGCGUGCAGAUGAUAAAGUCUAUCUGACGCUACCGCUCUAUCACAUGUCCGCAUCACUGCUCGGGAUCGGAGGAUGCAUCGAUCUUGGGGCGACUUGUGUUUUGAAGAAGAAGUUCUCUGCCAGUCAGUUUUGGAAGGACUGUCUGAAGUAUGACGUUACUGUGUUUCAGUAUAUUGGGGAACUCUGUCGAUAUUUGGUCAAUCAACCAAAGACUAAAGAGGAAGCAGUUCAUAGCGUUCGUCUCGCUGCAGGAAGCGGUCUUAGAGCUGACGUUUGGAGAGAUUUUAACCGGCGGUUUGGGAAAGUCCAGAUCCGUGAAUCUUACGGUCUAACAGAGGCCAGUAUUGGCUUUGUGAAUUACACAGAUGAAAUUGGGCCCAUUGGACGUGCCAGUUAUUUCAAUAAGCUCAGUUUGCCAUUUGAGUUUUUAAGAUGUGAUCCACAAACAUAUGAGCCUGUACGGACAGAUGCAGGUCGCUGUAUUAAAGCCAGUAAAGGAGAAACUGGGUUAUUAGUUGCUCCAGUGACGUUCACAAACCCGUUUCUGGGUUAUGCUGGAGAAAAAGCUCUGUCAGAGAAGAAACUCCUACGAGAUGUCUUUAAGAAAGGAGAUGUUUACUUCAACACAGGAGAUCUUAUGCUUCAGGACCACAGAGACUUUGUUUACUUUAAAGACAGGAUUGGAGACACAUUCAGGUGGAAAGGAGAAAAUGUCUCAACCAUGGAGGUUUCAGAGGUGUUGGGUUGUCUGGAGUUUCUGGAGGAUAUCAGUGUUUAUGGAGUCACUGUACCAGGAUAUGAGGGUCGGGUUGGAAUGGCUGCUGUUGUGUUAAAGGAUGGUCAGGAUUUGGAUGGAGAUAGAUUGUAUGUUCGUCUUCUCCACACUCUUCCUCCGUACGCCUGGCCGUGGUUUCUACGAGUUCAGACUUCCUUAGACGUGACGGAUACGUUCAAGCAGAGGAAGGGAACGCUGGUGGAGCAGGGCUUCAGUCCGGAGACCGUUCAACAGCCGCUUUACUUCCUGGACACAUCCGUGAAAGACUACAUCCCAUUGACUGUACCACUGUACCAAGACAUCAUAUCAGGGAAGAUAAGACUUUAGAGACAAAGAAAGCAACUGAAUACACCUCCAUUCCCUACAGUAACAUCUCAUCUACACUACAAAUACAUGUGAAUGUUGGUAUAAACAAUUACAGAUGGUGAAUAUUCAUCUUUUCGACUUAAUAGAACAAUAUUAGUUCUUAAUAGAAAAAAAUAAUAUUAACAAAUAAAACUAAUGAAUCAUGUAAUAACACUGUAACAAAUGCAACAUGUAAUUUAAUCUUGUUGUUAUUAAUAGUAAAGUUGCAAGAAGAUUUUUCAUAUUUAUUAGAGUUUAACAGAAGCUGAGUGAAAUAAAGAAACACUAAUACAAGCAGUGAGUUAAAACAUAUGUAAGUAGGGUGACCAGACAUCCCGAAAAAUUCGGGACAGUCCCCAAAUCUAAGCUGCUGUCCCGAAUCCGAAUUCUGCUCUAAUUGUCUCGAAAAUUAUACUGAUGCAAAAUCUUGAGUAGUUAUUGUCUGACAAAAACAUGCGCAAGGAGUUUGAGCCAUCCUGCAGCCAACCCCCGCCGGCUGCUCAUUGGCUGCAGCAUCUUUGUUUUUUAUAAAGGAUGUAGGCGCGCAUUAAGAUAUGCACUAAGGCACGGAAAUGCUGGCCGCAGUAAAAACCUCCGCUGGCGUCGAGCCUCCACAACCUCGGUAGGCUAUAGCUCAAGUGUGAAUUUAAAGUUGUAUUGUUUCUAUUAAUUUAUCUAAUUCGUCUAUAUGCAUAAAGACAAUAUGAGCUUUUUGUCCUCCUUUUGUUUUAUAGGGUAGAUUAAGAGAGUGAAAGUUACAGCAGCCGCGAGGACAGUUGAAAGUGCAGGCAGUGACAGUCAGUCGCCUGAAGGAGUCAGAUUGGUUGAGGGCGAUGCACUGUGUUAAAAAAACUACUUCUAUGUAUAUGCAUAUGUACUUAUAUUAAUAAAAAUAUGAUUGGUUCAGUAACUUCAGUUUGAAAUUCAUUGUCUUUUAAAAGUACAUUAAAUAAAGAAAACUAUUGGAUGAUCUAACUAUUAUUCUAUGAAGUAUAAUACUUCUAUUAUAGCCUACAUAUUAUAUCAAUUUAUUUAUAUCCAUAUGUACUUAUUAAUAUGAUUGGUUCAGUUUGAAAUUCAAUUAUUAAAUAAAAUAAAUAAAUAAAACUAUUAUUGGAUGAUCCGCAAACCAAACCAAACCCAACCCCCCAAACCCAUCAACCACCCCCCAUGACGUCUGCCCCCCCGCCCCGAAUUUCAGUCAAUCUCAUCUGGUCACCCUAUAUGUAAAGAUGUCUUUGCAUUUUCCGCAGUAUCUGUGAUCAGUAUUGUCGUCUUAAAUUCACUACAGAAGAGUUUUUACUGACACUUUAAAACAUGUUUUU